AUGGCGAGCCCAGGUUUAUACCGCAGACCGCUCCCUUCCCCUGCAAUCGAGUUCUCUUCGUCCGGAGGCAAGAAGCUGUUCUGGGAAGCUCUUCAGCAUGGAACCAUGGAAGGCUUCUUCAAGCUAAUAUCGUACUACCAGACACAAUCAGAGCCUGCAUAUUGCGGUCUCGCCUCUCUUUCCGUUGUCCUCAAUGCCCUUGCUAUUGACCCUGGAAGAAAAUGGAAAGGUCCUUGGAGAUGGUUUGAUGAGUCCAUGCUGGAUUGCUGCGAGCCUUUGGAUAAAAUUAAACUGGAAGGCAUUACGUUCGGGAGAGUUGCGUGUUUGGCUCGAUGCAAUGGAGCUAAGGUGGAAGCCUUUCGAUCGGAUCAAAGCUCGGUUGAUGAGUUUCGCAACCGUGUGCUUUCGUGCUCUUACACUGAGGAUUGUCAUGUGAUUGUGUCUUACUAUAGGAGAACUCUCAAUCAGACUGGAAAUGGGCAUUUUUCACCGCUUGGAGGAUAUCAUACUGGAAGGGAUAUGGUCCUUGUAUUGGAUGUUGCUCGUUUCAAGUAUCCUCCUCACUGGGUUCCCCUUACCCUUCUCUGGGAGGCAAUGAGCACCAUAGAUCAAGCAACCGGACUUCCAAGGGGGUAUAUGCUUAUUUCAAGGCUUAACAGAGCACCGUCUAUACUUUAUACUAUGAGUUGUAGACAUGAAGGUUGGAGCAGUGUAGCCAAAUUUCUAACUGAAGAUGUCCCUCAACUUCUGAAGUCAGAGGAUCUAAAAGACAUUCAGGAAGUACUGUCUGUUGUUUUUAAAUCGCCUCCUGGUGAAUUGAGAGGAUUAAUAACAUGGAUUGUUGAAGUUCGCAGACAAGAAGAUAGGAAUCUCACAUUGAGCGACGAGGAGAAAGGACGGCUCGCUAUCAAGGCUGACAUACUGCAACAGAUUCGGACAACUACACUUUUCAAACACGUGACCAGGUGGUUGGAUUCUGAAACUUCAUGCUGUAAAACUAAUGAAAACCUUGGUGACAAAGAUACGUUAGCAGCUGUUGCCACCGGUGUUUGUUGCCAAGGAGCAGAUCUUUCGACUGGUUUUGGUAAGCUAGGUUUGUCGGGUGGAAAAUGCUGUAGUCAAAUGGAGGUAAAACAUCUGAAUGUUGAUAGCGAAAAUCCAGUAACAUUAGUUUCAGCAACUGUUACAACUGGUCGUGGGAGUGAACAAGGAGUUGAUGUGUUGGUCCCUUUGUGUCAAAGGGAGCCAAGUAGGUUGUGUGUUUGUAAUGAAGGUCACUGCAUAGGAAUGCAUCCAUCUACUGCAGAUGUCUUAACGGUACUUUUAUUGGCCUUGCCCUUGCUUACGUGGUCGGGCAUUAAAGAAGAAAAGCUGCGAGUGGAAGUUUUGACCCUUCUAGCAACAGAAGAUCUCCCUCCCCUGCUUCGGGAAGAGGUUUUGUUUUUGCGGGACCAACUGCAUUUUCUCAUGACGGAUAUUAGAGCCCCUUCCAGUUUUGACUAA